AUGAAACUCAGCAUCUUUGCAGCAAUCUUCAUGGCAUUUGUAGCCUUCAAUCAAGCUUUUAGUUCGAUUAUUCACAGUGUCAAGAGCGAAGAAGAAAUGACAGUGGCUGAUGGGCCUUUGGUCGAAGCCAUUGAUGCCAGCGAAAGUGGAAACCCACCCUCUGGAUGUCCAUAUUGUGAUCUAGUUGGACCAGUUCAAUGCCACAUCCAUGGUCAAAAAUGA